AGCCCAGCAGACGCUGAACAGAGGAAUCCUGUCCACGCCUUCUUCACCCCAUCAGUGCUCUGUCCACGUUCACUCCAGCCAGACACACAAACUGCCAACUGACAAGGAUUUUCUAUGGCGACACUUUCUCAAUGUACACAUUUCGCCUUUCUUCUUCUGUUGCCUCACUUCCUGAGUGCAUCACCUGCCACCCAAGAUGACCUUGUAAUAAAUACUAAGCAAGGGAAAGUUCAAGGGAAGUUGCUUUCAGUGUUGGGUGGUGAUGUUACAGCAUUUCUUGGAAUUCCUUACGGAAAACCACCCCUGGGUAAACUGAGAUUCAGAGCUCCAGAGCCAGCAGAGGGAUGGGAAGGGAUAAGGUAUGCCACCCAAUUCCCAAAUUCCUGCUACCAGAUUCCGGAUACAGCCUUUCCAGGGUUCAAAGGUGCAGAGAUGUGGAACCCAAACACUCCUCUGAGUGAGGACUGUCUGUACCUAAACGUCUGGUCCCCCCGUUUCAACAAAACACAGAAAGCACUGGCUCCUGUCCUUGUCUGGAUUUAUGGUGGCGGGUUCACUGUAGGAACAUCCUCUCUGGACAUUUAUGAUGGUCGUUUCCUGAGUAAAUCUGAAGGUGUUGUUGUGGUAUCAAUGAAUUACAGAGUCGGACCUUUGGGUUUCCUGUCUCUUCCUGACAACAAGAACAUUCGGGGCAAUGCGGGUCUGCUGGACCAGCGCUUGGCCCUCCAAUGGGUAGCCAAUAAUAUUGCUGAUUUUGGAGGUGAUUCUUCAAAGGUGACUCUGUUUGGGGAGAGUGCUGGAUCAGCAUCUGUGGGCUUCCACUUGCUCUCACCAGGCAGCCAUGGUCUUUUUCAAAGGGCUGUAAUGCAGAGUGGCUCUCCUAAUUCACCCUGGGCCACAACCCACCAGACUGAGGCCUGGUACAGGUCCUCAAAGCUGGCGACGUUACUGGGGUGUCCCACGUCUAAUGCAGCUCAUCUGGAAGCGUGUCUGCAGCAGGCUGAUCCUGGGAAAAUCACAGCGAAGCAAAAUGAUGUUCUUUCGCACCCUACAAUCUUAGCCUUAGCUUUUGGCCCUGUUGUUGACAGAGACUUCCUACCAGAUAAUGUUGAAGUGUUGCUGAGUACCAGUAAGCUCCCAAAGAAAGAGGUGCUGUUAGGCCUAAACACUGAUGAAGGGACCUACUUCCUUUUGUAUGGAGUACCUGGAUUUACCAUCGACGGUCAGAGUCUCAUCUCCAGGAAUGAGUUUCUGAAUGGAGUGAACCUUACAAUGACAAAUGCGGGUGAUGUCUCCAGAGAAGCGGUCAUUUUCCAGUACACUGAUUGGACAGAUGAGAACAACCGGAUGAAAAAUCGUGACUCACUGGGUUACCUGGUCGGAGACGGACUGUUCGUUUGUCCAUUGCUAGAGUUCACUCACAGGUACUCGCAACAUGGUGGUAAGACUUUCCUAUAUUUGUUCGACCACCGGUCAUCCAUCAAUCCUUGGCCAGCAUGGAUGGGUGUCAUGCACGGUUAUGAGAUAGAAUUUGUCUUCGGAAAGCCUCUGGAUGCAUCCCUGGGAUACAUGAAGAAUGAAGUAAACAUGACCAAGAGGAUCAUGAAACACUGGGCCAACUUUGCCCGGACAGGGAAUCCAAGCAUUGACGGAGCUAACUGGCCCGAAUUCACCCCUGAACUGCAGGAGUAUGUCACUUUGAACUCCAACCAUCCCGAACAAAAGAGGAUGAUGAAAGCUAAAGAGUGUCACCUCUGGAGCAAACUAAUGCCCAAAAUAGACAAAGUCUCAGAUGAUCUGCUGUCCUGUGUUAAGGCAAAUGCGAUUAUACUCUGUUGUAAUUACAAGUUUCUCCUCAUUUUAUUGGCUAUAACUUUGAACUAUUGCUAGAGAGAAGAGAGGUCCUGCCUGGGCAGCACUAUUUCAUACAAACUGUUUUCAACAGUUUACAGUAAAAUAUUGGACAGAAAGAAUUAACAAAAAUUGGUCUCUACUAUUAUGUGAACUAUUUUAUGUUAUUACUAGGGGUCCAGCGGAUCACAGAAAUCAUGGUUCAGAUUGUAUCAGUCAAAAAAAAUAAAAAAGUUUGUGUGUGUGUGUGUGUGUUUGUGUAUUUAUGUACACUGUAUUAUAAUUAACUGUAAUAUAACUGAUUAUUAUACACUGUACAGUAUAAUAUUACAACAUAAUGUCCCGCCCACAACAAUAUCUGAUUGGUUACACAUCAUGAGUAAUACUAUCAACACUGAAAGCUGCUGUGUCACAGACAGCUGAGACUUGAGCUGCUCUGGUGAGUGGAGUGGAGAGUUUGUUUUCUUUUUGUAUCCUUUUGCAGAGAAAGGUUUUUUUUUUUUUUUUUUGCCUUAUGAACCUUACAAAAAAAUAAAUAAUUGCAGUUGCUCACAUAUAAUGGUAGCUAUACCUGCUGCAAGAAUACAGAGCUGGGGAGCAUUAUGACAUAGCCAUUUUAUUUCUGAUCACUAGUUAAUAUUCAGCUACCAUUUUUUCAUUUGCUUAUGUCUUUCUUUUAAAGGUGUCCAGUGUAUAAAUGGUGCUUACAGUUAGUUUAGACUGAUUUAAAUGUGAGUGCACUCAUAUUGGUAAAUCUGAGAUUAGUUCAUUAAUAUAAUCCAGUUGACUUCAUAUGCAUGAUUUCCUUGCUGACAAGUAAAGUUGAGGGAAUCAUUAUUUUUCCAUGCUACAUCAUCAUCAUCAUCACAAAAACAAUCAGGGAUUCUAUGGAUUUGUAUUGAUGUAUUUUCUCUUGUACUGAUCAGUAAAGACCAUGUAAUGAUCAUUAAAUAUGAGUUUUUCUUAAAAUC